CCGCCUUCGGCGACCGAGGGCUCUCCGCGGAAGAGCCGAGGGCCCGGCACCCGAGUUCAGGAGAAGACUUCCAAGAAUAUUUCCUUCCUCAUGUUGCUGGUCCACAGCCAGAUAGUCCCUAUUUAUCCUGAUGGUUCAAAGAGCUCCAUGUCUCUUUGAUCAAGUCCCAAGGAGAGAAGUUUUCAUUUUCUCAAAGAAAAGGCACAGAAUUGUAGCCAGUGGUAAUUACCGUCAUGGAGACCAAGAGCCCUAACAGCCUUCAGGAGAGUCCCACACCCUCCGGCACUGAGAGGACAUUAGGGGAUGGCAUUCAGUUACUCAAAGCUGUUAAAGAAGGAAACAUCGAGCUGCUCCAGCAAUUGCUGGAAGGAGGGGCUGAGGUCAACUUCCAGGAUGAAUGGGGCUGGUCACCUUUGCAUAACGCGGUACAAUGUUGCCAGGAGGACAUGGUGAAUCUUCUGCUUCACUAUGGUGCAGACCCUUGUCUAAAGAAGAAGAAUGAGGCCACUCCCUUCAUCAUUGCUGGGAUUGUGGGAAAUGUGGAGCUGCUCAAACUUUUCCUUUCUAAAGGAGCAGAUGUCAAUGAGUGUGAUGCUAAUGGCUUCACAGCUUUCAUGGAAGCUGCUGUGCAUGGUGAGGAGGAAGCCUUAAAAUUCCUGUAUGAGAAUGGGGCAGAGGUGAAUUUGAGUCGAAAGACAACGGAGAAUCAGAAGAGGCUUAGAAAAGGAGGGGCCACAGCUCUAAUGGAUGCUGCUGAAAAUGGACACGCAGACAUCUUGAAGAUCCUCCUUGAUGAGAUGGGGGCAGAUGUCAAAGCCCGUGACAAUAUGGGCAGAAAUGCUUUGAUCUAUGCAUUUAGGAACUCUGAUGAUAGAAACUUGGAGGACAUCACUCGCCUUCUGCUGUACCACGGGGCUGAUGUCAAUGUGAGGGGAGAGAAAGGGAAGACACCCCUGAUCCUGGCAGUGGAAAGGAGGCACUCGGAUGUAGUGCAGAUGCUUUUGGAACAAGAACAUAUAGAGAUUGAUGACACAGACAGUGAGGGCAAAACAGCGCUUCUGUUGGCUGUCGAACUCAAACUGAAGAAAAUUGCUCAACUCUUAUGCACCAAAGGAGCCAGCAUGGACUGUGGGGAUCUUGUGACGAUAGCGAGACGCAAUUAUGACGCUCCCCUUGUAAAGCUUCUUCUCUCUCAUGGGGCCAGAGAAGAUGGUCGCCCUCCUGUGGAAGACUGGAAGCCUCAGAGCUCACGCUGGGGGGAGGCCUUGGAACAUCUCCGCAUAAUAUACCGCCCUAUGAUUGGCAAUCUCAAGAUCUUUAUUGAUGAAGAAUAUAAAAUCGCUGACACUUCUGAAGGGGGCAUCUACCUUGGGUUCUACGAAGGGCAGGAAGUAGCUGUGAAACGAUUCUCUGAAGGCAGCACACGCGGACAACAGGAAGUGUCCUGUCUGCAGAGCAGCCGAGCAAACAGUGACUUGGUGACAUUCUAUGGGAGUGAGAACUACAAGGACUGUCUGUAUGUGUGUCUUGCCCUCUGUGAGCAGACCCUGGAGGAACACUUCGCUACAUGCAAGGGGGAGGCUGUGGAAAAUGAGGAAGACGUGUUUGCCCGAAACGUCCUCUCAUCUGUAUUUAAGGCUGUUGAGAAUCUCCAUGUGCUGUGUGGAUACACACACCAGGAUCUAUGCCCACAAAACAUCUUAAUAGAUUUCAAGAAUGCUACUUGCCUGGCAGAUUUUGAUGAAAGUGUCAAGUGGGCUGGAGAGCCGCAGGAAAUCAAGAGAGAUCUACAGGCCCUUGGAUGGCUGGUCCUGUAUGUGGUAAGGAAGGGAGAACUCCCUUUUGAGACACUGAAGACUAAAAGCAAUGAAGAGGUGAUUCGACUUUCUCCAGAUGAGGAAACUCGAGACCUCAUUCGUUGCCUGUUUAACACAGGAGACAACGUGCAGGGGCACCUGAACGGCCUGCUGGGUCAUCCCUUCUUUUGGAGUUGGGAGAACCGCUUUAGGACCCUGAGAGAUGUGGGAAAUGAAUCUGACAUUAAAAAGGGUGUGGUUAAAAGCAAGAUUGUCCAACUACUGCAACCUGAAGAAUCUGAAUUUUCCAGAAGUUUUGCCAAGUGGACUUCUAAGAUUGACAGACAUGUUAUGCGUGAAAUGAAUAAGUAUUAUAGAGCUAACAAAAAGCGUACUUAUAAGAACACUCUGAGUGAUCUGUUAAAGUUCAUCCGGAAUUUGGGAGAACAUAUUAAUGAAGACAAAAAUAAAGACAUGAAGUUGAGAAUUGGAGAACCUUUCCAGUAUUUGCAAAAGACAUUUCCCGAUCUGGUCAUGUAUGUCUAUAAAAAACUACAGAACACGGAAUACAGAAAGCAUUUCCCCAAAAACUCACAAUCCGAAAAAGCACUGGCGUGAUGCAGGUCAGCCUCUGCAUGGUGGUUGAGGUUUUCGAGUUCAGGGAGCCCCUUAUUUAGCUGUGUGAUCCUGGGCACAUCACAAUUCUCUGGGCCUCUUAAUUAACCUGAUUGCUGGUGAGGAUGUGACAGGUCCUGGCACAGUGUUCAGUAUUCCCCACAUGUUUAUGACCAGACAAAUACGCUCAAACUACCCUCCGGGACCUUCUCACAGGUAAAGCUUACUGGCAGGAGCUGGGGGGUGGGGUACCCUGCUAAGACUUCUUUUGUCAGUGGAACCAAAGGAACCAGUGCCUAGACCUCUAGGGCUGGAUUAUCUCAUUCGGUUCUCCCAAUGGCCUUGCAAGCUAGGGUUUCUCAUCUCCACUGAAGAACUAGCACACCUGGGGCACCUGGCUGGCUCAGUCGGUAGAGCAUGCGACUCUUGGU